UUUCGAUCACAAACUGCACUAAAACAAACACAAGAUUCGAAGAGUGCAUGUGAAACAGAGUUUUGGGAUUUACAAACAGAAAGGGCGAGUGAACCUUCUCUUUUGAUUUACGAAAUUAAUAAUUCUGAACGCAAUCCAUUAAUUGGUCACAAUACCUCUGAGCGAGUUGCUCAACACUGUAUCAUUCCAACACCAACUGGCCCAACUAAAUUCAACAUGACUUUCGUUUCUUCCUUACUCGCGAGCAGCGGUGCUUUACUUUUUGCUGGUACUGUUUGGUACAUAACUUCCAAUGCGAAAUAUGAAUUAUUCAUUUGGCACCCAACUCUAAUGGCUUUGACCCUUUUAAUGGCAACCUUUG